AUGGCGGCGUGCGGGGCGUCGCGGCCGGCCUGGUGCCUGCGGAGGGUCGGGGUGGGCGGCGGCUGGCUGCUGCUGGAGGCCGGCACGCAGGUAACUGUAGGCCGGGGAUUAGAUCUCACGUACCAGCUGGUGUCAAAAACCUGUCCCUUGAUGAUUUCUCGUAAGCACUGUGUUUUCCAGCAAAAUGCAGAAGGGCAGUGGACUGUUAAGGAUAAUAAGAGUCUAAAUGGAGUUUGGCUUAAUAAACAACGUCUGGAUCCUUCAAAAACCUAUCCUUUAGCAGAAGGAGACCGUAUCCAGUUGGGAGUGCCUUUGGAAAACAGAGAGACUGCUGAAUAUGAGUAUGAAGUAAUUAAAGAGGAGUGGGAGAAAAUCAGACCCUUUUUAGCCCAGAGGAGUGACCUGGGUAAAACCAAGAGCUCGAGGUCUAAACGUAAAUUUACUUUGGAAGAAUCGGAGACGUCUGGCUCAGAAGGCCCUUCAAAUUCCAGAUCCAAAAGGGACAGAGUGUCAUGUGAUGGUGAACCUUUGAGUAAUCUGUUGGCAAGAGUAGGAGAGACAAAGCAGUUGACAGACAAGAUGGAGGUCAAGCUGCCCUCUGCUGGGUCAAGUGAGGAUGAUGGGGGUCCAGUGCGUGGUAGCCCUGAUUGCUCUGAGAAAGCUGUGGCUGUUGCUCACGAGGACCAGAAACACUCUGUUCUUUCUCAGUCAUGGACUGGCCUGGAAAAGCUGAGGAAAACUCUCAUAGAUAUAAAGAAGUUAAAAGUCAAAGUGCAGGAGAAACAGACAGCAGUUCUGAAUGCGAAGCAGAAGCGCAGGAAGGCUGCUCAGAAGACAAUCCUAACGAUGGAAAAAGAGCUGCAAGAAUUGCAGGACAAGCUGUGCACAGAACAAGUGCAGCAUCAGCAGCAGGUGGAAGAGCUGGAAAGGACAUUCUCUAAAGAGAAGCAGAAGCUAGAGGGAGAGAAAUGGCAAGAUGGGGAAGAGAAUCUGAAGGAGCAGCUGGCCCAGGUUCUGCAAGAGCAUCAUGCUCUGAUGGAAGAACUGAGCCGUAGUAAAAAAGAUUUUGAGGAGAUAAUUCGAGCCAAGAAUAAAGAACUGGAGGAAACCAAGGUGGAGAAGGAAAAGGUGAGAGCCCAAAAAGAAGAAGUGUUGAAUCAGAUGAAUGAUGUGUUAGAGAAUGAGCUGCAGUGCACGAUCUGUUCUGAGCACUUCAUUGAGGCAGUCACUCUGAACUGUGCACACAGCUUCUGCUCCUACUGUAUAGACGAGUGGACAAAGCGCAAAGUGGAAUGCCCCAUCUGCAGGCAGGAGAUUAAGUCGAAGACACGCUCUCUGGUGCUGGACAACUGCAUUGACAGGAUGGUAGAAAAUCUGGAUGUGGAAAUGAAAGAGCAUCGCCUGACCCUGAUCAGAGAGCGGAAAGAGAAACAAAAUGUGUUGGUGAACCCAGCCACGGACAAUGACAGCAGCAUCAUUCCUUCCAUCUAUUCCAUCUUGUCAAUCAGCAGUUGUGACAGUGAGGACUCUGAGGAGGAUUCUUAUUAUAAUGGAAGCUACUGCGUUAUCUAAACAGUGUAACUGCAGGCUGGCUUGCCUGCAUGCUGACCGGAAACAGUCUAAUGGAAUUUGGUUUACUACUGCUGGUUGAGUGGACUGGGCGUCUGGAAGGAGAGAUUCAGUGAAGAAGCUGGAACUGGAGCUGAGCAUUAGCAACGUUUGGAAGAACGACCUUAUUUUUUAAGAGAAUGUACAGAAGCUUGAUCUCUCAAACAAGACUGGGACCGUGGGAGAACAAACUGCUAUUAUGCUAGAUGGUUGACAUAUAAAACCUAGGUUUCCAGGAUCACUUCCGACAUACUCAGCGUGGUGUAAAUAUCUGAAUGCCUGCUGUUUUCUGAGUGAAUGACACGUUUAAAUGCGCAUACCAAUUUCCCCUACUUCAUCCAGCUGGGAGCAUAACUAAAGAUAUUUGAGAACUCGGUCGUUUGCACCAGCUAACAGGAGAUAUAUAUUAGAAAAGCAUCCCAACAUCGGGUUUUCCUCUUGAUUUCAUGUCAGCUGGAGUAAUCCCAGGGCUUUCUGGCCAUUAAGUUAAAGGGUGGGUUGUGGACCAUGUCAGCCUUAAGUGCUUAAAUAUAAAAUAAGGUGAGCUGCUGGCUUGUUUGUUCAGUUGAUGUUAUUCAUUUUCUGUUGAAUGGGGAUAGAGAAAUCUUCCUGAAUUCCUUAGUUUGUGCUCUUUUCAUACAGCAUCUUUGGCUUGUUCCCUGCAUAAAGAGUUUUAGAACUGUGAAACAGCACAUCCAGAAGUUAUUAACAGUGACUUCAGAGAUACUUUCAGUUCUUGUCAGCAGCAGAGAGGAAUCUUGGCCUCUUUGUUAAGCUACUACCUGAAUGAAUGAAAUGUGCUGUUGACAGGGUAGUUAAGCAGCACGUAGGCAACCACAAGUAACUACUUUGUUCUGUUGUUUACAAAACAUUGCUAUUGAGCUGUGGCUUUGCUACCCUCAGAGUUCAUCUCCAAGACAAAGCAAGUCUUGCCUCAUCCAAUCACAUCUAUGAAAUAGUAUGAAAUUGUCUAUGAAAUUCCAUUUUCAGCAGCAUAUAUUUUUGACUUAGCUUUUAGAUGGGGCUGUUAUGUCACUGUUAGAGGAGGAUGAGGGAAGCCCUCAUUUGUAAUAUUUAUUUGGCUGUUUGUACGUACUUUUCUUGUUUCUGUGUUUAUUUUGCUGAAGAAGGAAAAUAUAAAUCCAUUUGUGCAUUAGUCUUCCUUGAUGCAAGCAAUGAGAUAAAUGUCUUUCUCUUAGUUAUCGUUGAAUUUAUUGAGAAAACCCAGAUUGUUUCUUUUUAAUGACUUUGCUUCACGUUUUCAUUGCUGUAAGUAAUUUGACUGUUUUAAAAUUAUUUGAAACACUGUAUGCAGGAAUUGAUAAAAGAUGUCCUAACUCAUCAAGCCUGUGUUAGCAGUGCCUAUCUUACCAGUAAUUUAGAAUAUACAACUGUAUCUCUUUAUUUUCUCCUACUAAAAAAAGAUGCCAUUAAAAAGGUGCUUAAAUGGUAA